UGUACAUGUCCUUUCCGACCACUUGCGAACUCGUUCGCUACCGAUCGCGACACCCGACGAAGGUCCAUCGGCGAGCACUACGCAAUGAAAGGAUGCGACGUCACAGAUGCAGCAACGCGCUUCGAAAACACAAAAAGGUCAUGGGCGGCGCGGUCGGAGUACGCGGCGCUUCCUCGUGUCGACUGGACCAAGUGCCUUGGUGAGAAAGGCUCGACGUUCUCGUCCAUCUGGUGUUAUAACAGCGAGGACGGUGUAAACGCGCGCGUUGACGAAGAGGAUAGAGAGAACCAUGAGUGCAACCAAACGAACCACAAUACCAGUUAUACGUUCAACGAUGGCAACAUCAUCGACAACCAAGACGAAGAGUUGGCUUGGAUCGUGAACCACACUCGAGACAUCCACGUCGCGCCGCCAACGAGAAAAUACUUUGCGUUGCCGCCUUUCCUCGAGCCCCAACAGGAUUCCCUCCUCCAGUGCACAUGGAGUUGUCACCUCUGGUGCACCUGAUUUGAACUAUCUAGACUCCCCACCCUGGCGCCAAGCAACAACGCCGAAGACAAUUCGCUGUCUCCACUGGAGCCCCCAGUAAGUCUUAAGGUAUCAACAUUGUCACCUCCUUUCCCGCUUUAGAGAGCACAAAAGAAGCGCAAAGCAAACACAAUCUGGUGGCCGGUACGAUGGCCUCAGCUAUCGCCCAUUGAACGAACGCACUGUGCAGGGCGAUUGGAAGUGCAGUCGCUGUGGCAACCACGUACAACACAGUCGUUCUAUGUGUUUUGAUGUGCGAAUGGUCAAAGCACUAACGAUGUCGCCUUCCACGUCUGCCAGAACUUUUCAUACAGAGACCAGUGCAAGCGGUGCAAGUAUGGCAAGUGCGACGCGACUAGUGAUCUUGCUGCGCCUGCAUUCACGACGCACCU